AUCAUCAUCUGAGGGGAGAGAGUGAAGUGGGGGGAUUUUCAAUUUCGUUGUGUUGUGUUGUAGGCGAGAGUAGAGAACGUCGAAACCCGAAAAGCAAAAAAGGGAAAUGGGUAAGGAUCUGAGCGAUGAUCAAGUUUCUUCGAUGAAGGAAGCUUUCACUCUGUUCGACACCGACGGUGACGGUCGGAUCGCUCCUUCGGAGCUUGGGAUCCUAAUGAGGUCUCUCGGAGGCAACCCGACCCAAGCCCAACUGAAAGCCAUCGUGGCCGAAGAGAACCUCACCGCACCCUUCGAUUUCCCACGAUUUCUGGAUCUCAUGGCGAAGCACAUGAAGCCCGAACCCUUCGAUCGCCAGCUUCGCGACGCCUUCAAGGUUCUCGACAAGGACUCCACCGGCUUCGUCUCAGUGUCGGAACUUCGCCACAUCCUAACCAGCAUCGGCGAGAAACUCGAGCCUGCCGAGUUUGAUGAGUGGAUCAGGGAAGUCGAUGUUGGCUCAGAUGGCAAGAUCCGUUACGAGGAUUUCAUCGCCAGAAUGGUCGCUAAGUAAAGACGAGAUCCUGCAACAAUUGGAAUCGCUUUAAAAUGAUUUCUUUUUGUCUAGUGUUUUGAUAUUACUUCUGUUUAAUAUGUGAUGUUUGCUUUUCUUCCAUUCCGUUUCCUUUCAGUGGAACAAUCAAUUAACCAAGUUAUGCUUAUUUUCCAACAUUUUUAACCGUGGUUAUUCAAUUUGCCCUAUUUGUUUGAUGAGAUCUGAUUCUGAGGGAGUUCAUAUCUGCUGUAAUUGUUUCUAAGCUAAAAUAGACCAAGUCGUG